AUCCCUGGACCACAUGAAACAGAUUUGUCACUAUUGACUGGUACCAGGGUAGGCGCUGGACCCAAGCGGAGCUGAUCCAAGUCCCUUUCCCUGGAAUUCAGAAGUCUCGUCUGGCUGGACCUGAAGUACGUGCCAAGUUCGAAGAAAGUGGGAGUCCGAAGAUAGGAACGCCUCAGCAUAUACCAUCCAGGUGAGGGGAGGCCCCCUCCAGGUGUCAACGCCUCCAGUCUUGAGCAGAGUACAACUGAAGAAUAAUGUUACGACAAUGCCAACUGUGCAGCAGGCCAGAGGUCUAGAAAGAUUUUUGAAGUGAGACUAUGGUGGGCUGAGCUGUCGCGACCAUCGUGCAGCACGGGCUUCGAGGACGAGGGAGUUUGGCCAAGCAGAAUGACAUCUUCGCUGAGCAGCAGGUCCCAGAACCCAAAGGCUCAAGAUAAGGGUGUCUGGGCUUCUCGCCUCAACAUCCUAGGAAGAAAGCUAUUCCCAUCCCUUCGUCCAGCAUGAGGGACCUGCUUUGAUACGGGGCACAGGAGGGGCAGUAGACAUCUUAUGUCUCCUCCUGCCAGAAGAAAGCCAAGGAAUAUUCUAGAACAUAUUUUCUGCUCCCUUAUCCAGGGUCAAUCCCUCACAAUGGAAUUACUGGGGCAAAAGGAAGGGAACUCCCUUGGAUCCCACCCACAACCUGGAAUUCCGAAGCACCCAGGCCAGGCACCUUUGUACCUGCUUACCACUGCUCAGGUCCCACCCUCCCCUGCUUUCCCCGCCCCAGCCCGGGUGGAGCCAGCUGCCAAGGCGGCAAAGCUUCCCAGCCUUUCCUUGGCGCGACCCAGAGUGGAGGCUAAAAGAGGGCUCUGUGCCCGCCCCAAUGAGGACGCUACUGACCAUCCUCGCUGCGGGAUCCCUGGUCGUUCACAUUGCUGAGGAAACCUCGGAUCUUCUUCAGCACGUGAAAUUCCAGUCCAGCAACUUCGAAAACAUCCUGACUUGGGACAGUGGGCCGGAGAGCGCUCCAGAUACAGUCUACAGUGUCGAGUAUAAGACGUACGGACAGAGAGAGUGGCUAGCGAAGAAGGGCUGCCAGCAGAUCACCCGGAAAUCCUGCAACCUCACCAUGGAGACGGGCAAACUCAAGGAGCAAUACUAUGCCAGGGUAACCGCCAUCAGCAGGGGAGUCCGGUCAGCCCCCAAGAUGACUGACCGGUUCAACUCACAGCAGCAUACUACCAUCAAACCACCUGACGUGACCUGUAUCCCCAAGGUGAGAUCCAUCCAGAUGAUUGUCCAUCCCAGCUACACGCCCAUUCGUGGAAAGGAUGGCCACCAGCUAACCAUGGAGGACAUAUUCAAUGAUCUGUUCUACCACUUAGAACUCCACAUCAACGACACGUACCACAUGCACCUCGCAGGGAAGCAGAGAGAAUAUGAGUUCAUUGGCCUGACCCCUGACACGGAGUUCCUUGGGUCCAUCGUAAUUUUUGUUCCAGAGUGGUCCAAAGAGAGUGCCCCCUAUGAAUGCCGAGUGAAGACACUGCCAGACCAGACGUGGACCUACUCCUUCUCGGGUGCCUUCCUGUUCUCUAUGGGCUUUCUGGUGGCAGGACUCUGCUACCUGAGCUACAGAUACAUAACCAAGCCGCCUACACCUCCCAACUCCCUGAAUGUCCAGCGUGUACUGACCUUCCAGCCUCUGCGCUUCAUCCAGGAGCACCACCUCAUACCCAUCUUUGACCUCAAUGGCCCCAGCAGCCUGGCCCAGCCUGUCCAGUACUCCAAAGUCAUGGUCUCUGGGCCCAGGGAGCCCCCAGGAGCCCCACCGCUGCACAGCCUAUCUGAGAUUACCUACCUCGGGCAGCCAGAAAUCUCCAUCCUCCAUAACCCCAGAGUACCAUCUCACCAGGCACUCUCCCCACUGUCCUAUGCUCCCCAGGCUUCCCCUGAGGUCAGACCCCCAUCCUACACUCCUCAAGUCACCCCUGAAGCUAAAGCUGCGUUCUACACGCCACAGUCCAUCUCUGAGGUCCAGCCGCCUUCCUACAACCCUCAAGCCACUCGGAACAGCUGGCCUCCUUCCUAUGGGAUGUGCGUGGAAGGCUCUGGCAAAGACUCUCCACCUGGGACAUUCUCUAGUCCCAAAUACCUCAGGCGUAAAGGUCAGCUCCAGAAAGAGGCACCAGCUGGAAGCUGCAUCGCAGAUGAACUUUCUCUGCAGGCGUUGGCCUCCUUGGCUCUGGAGGAACUCCAAGAAGCCAAAUCCUUCCACCAGCAUCUGGGGGCUGACACAAACAGAGCACCGGACACCAACGUGCCACACAGAGGGGACCCAGAGACACCAGGGGACCUGAAGCGCCAGCUGCCUCUCCUUUCCUCUGUUCAGAUCGAGGGUCACCCAGUAUCCCUCCCUUUGCACACUCCUUCUAUCCCAUGUUCCCCCACAGACGAGGUUUCAAGUCCCUGGGGCCUGCUGGAGUCCCUCGUGUGUCCCAAGGACAAAAGUCCAGUGUCUGAGACUGAGGCUAAGAGCCCAGCCCUUCCAGCCUCAGACCCGGAGCAGCCUGCAGAGCUGGACUCUCUUUUCAGAGGCCUGGCCCUAACGGUGCAGUGGGAGCCCUGAGCAGAACCCAGGGCAAGCUGGGGCUUCUUCCCUGUCUCCACCCCAAUCUCACAUCCUCGCUGUCAUUCCCAACCCAACCGUACUGCUCACGCAGCCCGAACUCAGGUGGGUGCCCUUGAGAGAACCAGAGGAAGGCGGAUGCUGAGGCCCUGCUAUGGCUGAGCUCCUGUUAGAGCAAAAAGGCACGAUGAGGACUCCAGCCGGGGGAGUUACGGGCGUGCAUCAUGUGCAAAUGAGUGUGUGCGUGAGCGCUCUGCAGGGCAGGAUGGAACAGUCAGAGUGCGACAAGUUAACACACGGAGACUUCGCGGAAAUCCAGGGCCCAGCUCCUCACACACCGGACGCAAAGUUCUCCAGGGGCCUGCCUCUCUCCACACCCCUAUCCUGGCUGGUCUCAUAAUCUAAGUUGACAGCAAGUGAGGUCUCUGCCGCCUCUGUGAUUCCCCAGGAGAGAAAAGGAUCCUGGAAAUGAACGCCUCAUAGCAGGCUGGGCAGAACCAGAACAACCUGCCCUCUUGCCAAGGCCAGAGGUAGCACGAUGGCAAGACUCCAGGGAGGGGUGCGGCCUGGGGCUCAUUCCCAGCCAGGGCUACUGCCUGAAGUUGCACCAUUUCAACUUCAUUCCUCUGCCAAAGGCUGUAUCCCAAGUGAAAUGCAGGUCCUCCAGGGAGGGAGAGCACAGACAUCCUUUCUGUCAGCAGGAGUUUCAGAUCCCACUCUGAGAGCAGACUUUGAAAGGAACAUGCAGCCAUAUGGUCCCCGAAGGAGACACAACAGUGAACUGUACUUACUUCACAACUUUGGAAACAGCCUUCGGUUUAGCCCAUCAUCUGGGUUCACAUUCCAGCCUCAUCAUUUACCAGCUAUGUGACUUCAAGCAAAGAAAUCACUGCUCAAAACCUCAGUUUCCUCAUCUGUAAAUGGGCAUAAUAACAUUUACCUCAUGGGGUGGUGGUGAGGAUGAAAUUAAAUAACUUCUGUAAAGUGCUUAAUAGUGCCUGGCACCUGGGCAAAGCCCAAUAAAUGGUAGCUGUUUCUUGUGA